AUGGCGUCUUCCUCUUCACGCCAGCUCAUGCGAGCUCCUCUCCACCCGCGGUUCCAAACUCGCACAUACCGAAAUGCGCGUCUCUCAGUCCCAUCACGCACCUUCUCCUCGACUCGCGCAACAUGUGACAAGCAAAACUUCCACAGGAAAGAGUCCUUCAGGUCACGGCUCAACGCUGCACUCAAGAAUACCAAGAUCAAGUGGGAGCCGAUACCAAUAGCACUGGGUAUUGGCUUCCUAGGCGCAUUCCAGCUCUAUCGCAUACAACGGAGAGAGAAGCACACAGAGGUUGAGAGACAGAAUGGCGAAGAAGGGGCAGUGGACAACCAGGGCCGGCCCAAGAAGCGUGAGAGGAUACGACCGAGUGGGCCAUGGACAGUCCAGGUCAUGUCCACGCUACCGCUAAAGGCUCUCUCGCGAGUCUGGGGGCGCUUCAACGAAAUCGACAUUCCAUACUAUCUCCGAGUCCCCGGCUUCAAACUCUACUCCUGGAUAUUCGGUGUCAAUCUCUCUGAAGUCUCAGAGCCCGAUCUCCAUGUCUACCCUAACCUCGCUGCCUUCUUCUACCGCACCCUCAAACCCGGAGUCCGCCCUCUAGAUCCCAAUCCCAACGCCGUCCUUUCUCCCGCAGACGGCAAAGUCAUCCAGUUCGGUACCAUUGAGCACGGCGAGGUCGAACAAGUCAAGGGCGUGACGUAUAGCUUGGAUGCACUGCUAGGUUCCACCAAGCCAAGUGCACCUGGUCAAAACGUCGCAAACUCACAGGUCAUCACUAGUGAGCACGAGAAGACAGCAAAAGACGAGGAGGACACUGUCCGCGCCGACGAGGAAUUCGCAAACGUGAACGGCAUCUCCUAUACUCUCCCCAACCUGUUUUCGGGACCAUGGCCGAAAGGCGGAAAGCCAUCAGAGAUGCCAACCGAUCAGUCUACCGCACCAGCCGCCUCUUCAGAGGCUGAGGUACGCGCCGAGAUGGCAUUGAGUGAAGCUGAGCGCCCUUGGUGGGCACCCGCAUCUAGCAAGACCCCUACAGCACUCUACUACUGUGUCGUAUACCUUGCACCAGGCGAUUACCACCGUUUCCACUCUCCAGUUUCAUGGGUUGUCGAAUCGCGCCGUCACUUCGCCGGUGAACUGUACAGCGUGUCACCAUACCUACAACGCACCAUGCCCGGCCUUUUCACAUUGAACGAGCGCGUCGUAUUACUCGGCCGCUGGCGAUGGGGAUUCUUCUCCUACACACCCGUCGGCGCAACAAAUGUCGGUUCCAUCAAGAUCAACUUCGAUCGCGAACUCCGCACAAACAGCCUCACCACCGAUACUGCCGCCGACCGUGCUGCCGAAGAAGCCGCUUCCCGUGGUGAACCGUACUCUGGGUUUGCUGAGGCUUCUUACACGUCCGCUAGUCGUGUGCUAGGUGGCUACUCCCUCAAGCGUGGUGAAGAGAUGGGUGGUUUCCAACUGGGAAGUACCAUUGUAUUGGUCUUCGAGGCGCCAAAAGGUAUAAGGCCUAGUCUUGAUGAGGGUUUCACUGGUAUGGAGAGAAAGGGUGGAUUCAAGUGGAAUAUUGAACAAGGGAUGAAGGUCAAGGUUGGAGAGGCUUUGGGCUAUGUGGAGGAAACACAGCAAUAG